UGAGCGCCAAAACCACAAUUAAUGUGCUGAGACAUGUUCAAUGGGAGCCAUUGUUUUGCUCUGCUCUGCUGAGGGUGCCAUUCCACUGGCUUGCUUGUCUGGCUUCCUUUAGAAGGAAAUAAUGCCUAUGAAUGCACAUCAGGCACCGGGCACAGCCUAACACACGGCACGGCCACCAUAACCAAGGCUGUCACGAGACUCUCGAAUACUACUGCUCUGAGUACAAAGAAGGAAAGCCAGCCGUGAGUACCACCCGAAUGCAAGUCGUUACUCAUAUUAUGAUGUCAGGCAGGAGAGGCUGGAGAAAGUUGGAGGGUACAGCCUCGUCUCCACUCUGAGGCACGUGUGAAGUCUGAGUGGAUAUGGACAAGGAACAGGAAGUGGAAAGUGAUAGAGCUGGAACCCCGGAAGAUCCGAACAUGAGUCCAGAGAAACAAGAAGCCGAUCAAGGUGACGCUAAUGAAAGUCCAUUAUUACAGGGCCUGUCCAGCCACGUGACUCCCCUGGUCCCAGAAUUCUUGGACACAGCACACAUCCAGGAGAAGGCCUCGGCUUCGGAGGCCGACAACAUACAACACAUGCCUGCAAAGCAAUCCAAAGGUCCACAGCUCAAGGUCAUAUUCCCACCAGCACAGGGCGGUAACAUCUUCAAUUUCUCAGCAAUGACCAUGCAACCCAAGCAGGCUGGCACCCCCAGUUUUUCAGCAAAAAUCAUCCCUCGCGAGCGGGGCAGUAUCCCCAAUUCUUUAGCAAAAAUGAUCCUGCCCAGGCAGGCUGAUACCCCCAAUUCUCCAGAAAAAAUUAUCCCGCUCAAGCAAGCUGGCAUCUCCAAUCCCUUAGCAAAACCCAUUCCACCCAAACAGGCUAACAUCCCAAGUUUCUCAGCAAAAUCCAUCUCACCCAAGCAGGUUGACACCCCCAGGUUUUCAGCAAAAAUCAUCCAACCCAAGCAUGGCAGUAUCCCCAAUUCUUCAGCGAAAAUGAUCCUGCCCAAGCAUGGCAAUGCCCUCAAUUUCCCAACCAAAAUCACCCAACCCAAACAGGCUGAUAUCCCCAAUUCCCCAGCAAAAAGCAUCCCACCCAAACAGGCUGGUACCCCCAAUUCCCCAGCAAAAACCAUCCCACCCAAGCAGACUGACACCCCAAAUUUUUCAGGAAAAGUCAUUCUACCCAAGGAGAGUGAUACCCCCAAUCCCUCAGAAGAAAGGAUCCCACCCAAGCAGGCUGAUAGCUCCAAUUCUUCAGAAAAAAUUAUUGCACCCAAGCACGGUGACACCCCCAGUUCCUCAGAAAAAACCACCCUGCUGCAGGAGGAUGGAAUGUCUACUUCCUUAGAAAAAAACAUCCCACCCAAGCAGGAUAACAUCCCCAUGUCCCUGGCCAAAACCAUCCUGCCUAAGCAGGGCAACAGUCUCAAGUUCUUAGCAAAAUCCAUUCUGCCCAAACAGGCCAACACCCCUAAGUUCUCAGCAAAACCUUUCCUGUCUAAACAGAUCAACAGCCCCAAGCUAUUAGUGAAAUCUACCCUGUCCAAACACAUCCCCAACCCCAAGUCCUCCGAAGAAAACAUCCUGCCCAGAGAGGGUGACACCAAGUGCUCAGAAGACAGCAUCCAGCCUAAGGAAGGUGAUAUCCCCAAGUCCUCAAAAGAAGCCAUCCCGCCCAUAGAAGGAGACGUCCUGAAGGCAUCAGGGUCAAUGGAGCUUCUGGAAGUGGACUUGGUGAAGAUGAUCCUAAGCAAGGAGGACUUCGAGUUGGCGCUCAAGGAGGCUGGGGAGAGGCUGGUGGCCGUGGACUUCUCAGCCACGUGGUGUGGGCCCUGCAGGACCAUCAAGCCCCUUUUCCAUUCCUUGUCUGUCAAGUACGAGGACGUGGUGUUCCUGGAAGUGGAUGCUGAUGAGUGUGAUGAGCUGGUGAAGGACCUUGAGAUCAUGUGCAUCCCAACCUUUCAGUUUUAUAAGAAAGAAGAAAAGGUGGGCGAAUUUUGCGGCGCCGUUACAGAAAAACUCGAAGCGAUCAUUGCAGAGUUAAAGUAACUGUGGAUUCUGAAAGCAUUGUAGACAGUCGGCUCGUGAUAGUUUGUGAUUGCUUUUUUAUUUACCAAAAAAGGUGAGGCGUAACAAAAGUGUGUGUCUGAAUGGCCCCCUGCUCAUAAAUUAUUAAGUAUUAACUCCACCUUUUCGAAAAGUGGUAAGGCACUGAAGCCUACUGUGACCAUGUCUUCAUUGGUAGGAAAGGGUGAUAGUAAAGUUUCCUUUGGUGGAGAUUGGGAGUCCACCUGUCUUGUAUUUUUGUAUUGUGAUUUGUUUGGGAACUCACCCUUGGAAAUCCAGCUCAUUUGGUGUUUGGGGCAACAGUGGAAAUUUAGACAGUUCUUCGGUACAAGUACAUGAUUGAAAGGUGAGUGGAGACUACUUUUCUCAUGCUCACAUAUCUUUUGGGGUUUCUGAUAGGAGACUUUGGGAAAUACAGAAUUUGAAAGAUCCACAGAUCAUGCCUAACCUCCUCUGGGUGCAGGGAGUGCUCUGGAGGGCUCUGGAAAUCCCAUGGCUUCACCCACCCCGCGUGGGAUUCGUGGCUGGCACAGCCAAGCUCAAAGCCAGCUUCCCAGAUCUCGAGUGCAGGCCUUUUACUACUAAUCGCGCCCACAAAAACCUCGACAGAGCCCAAAGCUUCUGGUUUCUCAGACCGAGCGCUUUAUUACUCAGGUCAAAGUCAGGGUGAUCCUCAGUGCCAUUAUGACAUCAGCUCCCCGGUGGCAGAUUUCUUACUUUGUCUCCUGGUAACUGGGUUUCUAAAACCUGCUCCCAGAUGUCUCAGAGCCCAAAGGCCCAGGUCUGGGUCACAGAUGGUGGCUUGGUCCAGAGUUUUGUGUUUACAAAAGAAAAA